AAAGUCUCGCUCUGUAACACAGCGCUCAGCAGUGAGAAGUGUCUUGGACAAUGGCUUUAUACGUGUUACCGGAGGGAUUUAGUGAUUUUGACAUGUUCGCCUUCGGCUCUGUGCUGCUGGUGGGCGGUCUUCUUGGUUUCUUUCUUAAUUUAAUCUCGAUCAUGGCGUUCCUCAGAAUCCGGGAGAUGCAGACGCCCAAUAACUUCUUCAUCUUUAACCUGGCCGUGGCCGACCUGAGCCUCAAUAUUAACUGUUUAGUGGCUGCUUACGCCAGUUACCUGAGAUACUGGCCGUUUGGGUCGGAGGGCUGCCAGAUUCACGCUUUUCAGGGAAUGGUGUCGAUCCUCGCCGCCGUCUGUUUUCUGGCUGCCAUUGCUUGGGACAGAUAUCAUCAGUACUGUACGAAGCAGAAGAUGUUCUGGAGCACGUCUGUGACCAUCAGCACCAUCAUCUGGAUCCUGGCCGUGUUCUGGGCGCUCCUGCCGCUGCCGGCCAUUGGAUGGGGCGUCUUUGACUUUGAGCCGAUGAAAACUUGCUGUACGCUCGACUACACACAAGGAGACCGGAGUUACAUCACCUACAUGGUGUCCAUCACUUUACUGUAUUUAGCAUUCCCGGUUAUGGUUUUGCAGUCGUCCUACAAUUCCAUCUAUGCUUAUUUCAAAAAGACACACCACUUUAAGUUUAACACAGGGUUACCUCUGAAAGCGCUGCUGUUCUGCUGGGGUCCGUAUCUUCUGCUGUGCACAUACGCCUGCUUCGAGAACGUUAGCCUCAUUUCACCAAAGCUCAGAAUGGUUCUUUCAGUGCUUGCCAAGACAUCUCCGAUCUUCCACGCCGUCCUGUACGCGUUCGGGAACGAGUUCUACCGUGGAGGAAUCUGGCAGUUCCUCACCGGGCAGAAAUCUGCAGACAAAAAGAAAUAGUGAAUGAGCUUUAGCCAUGUAAUGUUGUAUUCAGACGAGUCUGCAAGAAUUUACACGUGAUGUGACUGUAAUUCAUGUCAAAUCAGUGCCUAACACAUUUGGAGAUAUUUGUCCAGAAUUUCACAAAGUGAUUAUAGAAGACGGACAUAUGAAGCCUUUCAGUUCUCUGCAGUGUGAGAGAUCACUUACACAGUUCAUUUAGGACACAAUCAUUUAACCAUUUCAUUGUUCUUGCCUUACUGUUGCUGUUGAUCAGUGCAAGAGAAUCUAAUAUUCAUGUGUAAAUCUGUAAGUAACCCUAACUUGAAACCAGUGAGGGAACUGCUAAAAACAAAAGGGCUUUUCAUUGUUUAUCCACAGAAUAAACCGUGAGGCACAAGA